AUGAAUGGUGUUGGGACGCGAAAGUAUUCUACAAGCACAUCAAAUGACGCCAGAUCGGCGGGAGCAGCACCGCUCCGACCGACUGCCAAAGCGAUGCUCAACGGCUACGACGGAUCGAAGCAGCCUGACCAUCAAAGAACAAGAAAGAACGGCCAACCAGGUCGCUCGUCCGAGCAUGUGGAUAUCAAUGAUCCAAUGACCUUGCACCUUCUUAUGGAAACCGCAAUUGUGGAUAGUCAGCAGUAUGAGGUAUUUUCAGUGGAAGAAGUCGAGGAACUGAAGAAAGAAGUCCCUCGAUUAGCCAGUCGAAUAGAGGCUACGAAGCGGCAACUAGCCAUCGAAAGCAAGAUGCGAGAUGCCGCGACGUCCAUAAGCAAGUUAGAUCGAGGCCAAGGCCAUAAUCGUACAGCCAGCACUAGAGGCGGCGAGAAGAGUCAAGAAGAGAUCGCAGCAGCUCACCAAAAGUGCGAAAAUCUGGCACAGGAAUUGUGGCAAUUGGAGAGGCGCCAGCAGGAGGUUCAGUCACGGUUGCUGGAGCACACUGCUGGUGUCUUGCAAAUGACACAUAAGGGCUACUUAGAGGAACAAGCGCCAGCUCGCCAGAAUGGUGUCGAAAGCCUUCCAAACGGCUACAUAGGGCUAGAUUUCGCGGGCGACGAUGAAAGCUUUUACCGGACGCUUGACUUAGUCCUUGAUGAGAGUCCAGCUGGUGCAGACUCUGAUGCCUUCAAAGAGCAGACGGAAGCCAUCCAGGAAACAGAGCGUAGGCUUCUCGAAUUUAAUCGGCAAUUACAAGAGGCUAUCUUGCAAGCCGGGUCUGCUCAAUCAAUUCCGCCGCCUCCAAAUGUCGCAUCCUUCGAUGAAGCAAAUCCUACCGAGGCCUUGCAAAAGCAGAUCUCAUAUAUGGAGCGAAGCUUCGGACACAUGCGGAGCAGUCAACACAAAAAUGCACAAUCCUACCAACUGUCGACCCAGAAGGCGGAGCAGAGGCUCGAGGAAUUAAACACGCAAUUGCAUGGAAUGGUACUUCGUAGCAGCUUGAGCCAAAAUGCUGAACAUCCCCUGCCCCCAAGCGUCACCGGACGAGGGACAGACCAACAAAUCAAUUUUCUCGAUGGCAGUCUCGAUGCACUAGAGCAAGGUAUUUUCCAAUUAAAAGAAGAUCGCCAAGAGAAAGCUCGAUCUGCCGAAGCCUAUCAAGGAGACUCCGCUCGUCUCGAAAGCGCCUUAAACAAUCUUUGGCAGGGUAUGUCUGACGGCGAAAAAUUCUCAAUCGAUGCCUUUACCUCGAAAGUCGCUUCCCUGACGAUGAAAAUUUCGGAUCUCAGCAAUCAGAAGGACAUCCUUAAGCGGCAGAUUGAACAGCAACGAGAGAUCAACGCGAAAUCAGAUGGCGAGAAAGACGCCACUGUGGCUUCUUUGAGCAUGGAAAUUGAAGAAACGAAGAAGAAAUCCCGCAACGAGAUGGAUCAGCUCGAAGGCGAGAUGGUCCGCUUGCAGACCGAGGUCACGGUGGCAAGAGCAGAAUUAGAUGGUGCCUAUGGCACACGCGCGCAGCGAGCAGCUGAAGUCGCGCAGCAUCCAGCACUUCUACAAGAAAUUGCUGAGCUUCAGCACGAGCUUGAAGCCACUAAGGAGAAGACUGGUGAAAUAGAGCACUGGCAGCAACAAGUCCAGACUUUACGUAAAGAACUCUCAGAAACGAUCACUGAGUAUGAAGUUAUGACAAAAUCUAGCAUUCAAUUUGAGAAGGAGCGGGAGAGCUUGGAGAGCUCAGCAGACAGGCUCAGAGAUCAUUGCGAGGAGCUUGAAACUCAAUUGAGCGAAGAGCGGGUGAACAAGCUGGGUGUCAGGAGCCCCGGUACUCCAGGUGACAGAGGAUCAAAUGAAAAGGGCGCAACGAGCACGGCAGUCCUGAGAAAUGAAUUCAAGAAAAUGAUGAGGGAAAGCAGAGCUGAAAACAUGAGAGUUCUAAGGCACGAGCAGGAAGAGCGUCGCAAAUUAGAAGCCCAACUCCGAGAGCUUAAGAAAGGGCAGCCACCUGGCAAGUCCUCUCUUAGCCAGAGCAUGACGGCGUCAUGA